GCGUCUGCUACGUCUGCUACGGGCACUCCGAUGCCCGUCGAGCUCACCCCCGAGGAGACAGCCAAGAGCCUCAAGGUGUCGCUCGCCGACCUCUCAGCCAAGGCCGGCGCUCUCUACGCCCGCAAGCAAUAUGAGGAAGCCGCCGAAGUGUACGCUCAGGCAGCCGAGAUGCAGGCCGAGAUGAACGGCGAGAUGAACCCAGAAAACGCCGAGAUCUUAUUUCUCUAUGGCCGCGCCCUCUUCAAGGUUGGCCAGAGCAAAAGCGACGUCUUGGGUGGUAAGGCCCCUGAAGCGAAGAAGACACCCAAACCGAAACCAGCGAAGUCGGCCAAGUCGGGCAACGGCAACCCCCCAGCCACAGCCGAAUUGAAGAAUGGCGCUGUUGAGGCCGUCGGCGACGCGGCGUCACAAGAGGCGAAAAAGCAGGAGAAGGAGGCGUCAGUGCCAGUGCCGGAGCGGAAGAAGCCUCUGUUUCAUUUCGAGGGCGACGAGAACUUUGUCGACUCGGAGGAGGAAGAGGAAGGUGAGGAGGGCGAGGGCGAGGAGGAAGAGGAGGAGGAUGACUUGGGUGUUGCCUUUGAGGUUCUCGACCUCACGCGCGUGCUCUUCACCAGGCGCCUCGAGGCUGCCCAAGGCGAAGACGAGGCGCAGCAAGGAAAGGGGAAGGAGGUUGCCGAACCCGGCAGCGAGUCUCCCGUGAUCAAGCACAUCAAGGAGCGGCUGGCCGACACACACGAUCUCCUUGCCGAAAUCUCGCUCGAGAACGAGAGGUACCCCAACGCAAUCACCGACUGCCGCGCCUCGCUCCAAUACAAACAAGAUCUCUACCCCUUCGAGUCCGAAGUCAUCGCCGAAGCCCACUUCAAGCUCUCGCUCGCCCUUGAGUUCGCCUCGGUCACCAAGUCCUCCGACGAAACCACCGCCGCCAACAAGGAAGGCGGGGACGAUAAGGUUGACCAAACCCUCCGCGACGAAGCCGCCUCGGCCCUCGAGGCAGCCAUCAACAGCACCAAGCUCAAGCUACAAGCCAAAGAGGUCGAGCUCGCAACUCUGCACUGCCCGGACGACAAUGAGGCAACGCGCCGGCAGAUCGCCGACGUGAAGGAGGUGCUGGCCGAUAUGGAGCAGCGCCUGAUCGACCUGCGCAAGCCGCCCGUCGACCUCAAUGCCGCGCUGGGGAUUCCGCCCCCGCAACGGGCCAAGGUGUCCGAGAAGAUUGAGGUCUCGGAGGAUGUCAAAAAGAAGGCGACCGACUUGACGGGACUGGUAAGGAAGAAGAGAAAGGCGGAGGAC